ACGUGCAAUGGCCACGUAACUGCUUGCAGCUUGUCGACUACACGCCGAGAGGAGCAUGGUCCCCUCCUCUCUGAAGGAGGUGUCGAAGGCGACUCUGCUGAAGUGGGCGGGAGUCUUGACGGGUGCCAUUUGCGUGGCCUUGCCAGCAAAGUUCUUAGUGAGCGUUAGCAGGCUAGAAAGGCCGACCUACACCGUGUCCAAGACCGUCCGCGUUGGCAGAUUGGCGGCAGAGGUGCGGGAUUACGAGCCGUACCUCAUCGCCGAGUCCGUCGUGUCCGGCGAAACGAUGAGGGAGGGCACCACCAAGGGCUUCAUGAACGUGGCCGGGUACAUCUUCGGCGACAACGCGGGCGGGCGUGUUUCGGAGGACGGAGAGGUGGAGCCUGCGCAGGUGGCCAUGACCGCGCCCGUAAGGACGGAACAGCCACAGAAGGCCACCGUUUCCAUGACAAGCCCCGUACGGACGGAGCUCAAAUCGAACUUCCGGAACAUGAAAGUCUCCUUCGUCAUGCCGAAAAAGUAUACAGCAGGUACUCUGCCCAAGCCCAAGGAUGGCAGAGUCAAGAUCAAGAGCGUAGGGGCACAUCGUAUGGUGGCGGUUCGCUUCCGGGGUCCGUCUCCCGACGAGAAAAAGGUGGCAGAAGUUUCUCGAGAACUUUUCCAGGCGCUAGAGGGCGAAGGGCUUACACCCAAGGGCGGGUUGCUGGUCUACCAGUACCAACCCCCGUUCAUGCCCGGUUUCCUUCGAACAAACGAGGUUGCCGUGAGGGUGUAA